UCUUCCUACUAACAAAGGAGCAGUCUUGUUCCAAAACGUGGCGCAUUUUUGCGAAAUUUUCUCUCAAAAUCUCGUUCGAUUUCGCUGAAUUUUUCCAGGAUGAAGGGCCAAGAAAGUGGCUUCACGUUACCGUCGUUUCUGCCCAAGCUCUCGUUUGAAAAGCAAGAUACUUUGCUAAAACUAUGUGUGUUAUCAAUAGCAGCCAUUUUAUCAUUUGCAACCAGGUUAUUUUCUGUGCUUCGUUACGAAAGCGUUAUCCACGAAUUUGAUCCUUACUUUAAUUUCCGUACAACCAAGUUUCUGACGCAAGAAGGUUUUUAUAAUUUUCACAACUGGUUUGAUGAUCGUGCCUGGUACCCACUGGGUCGUAUUAUUGGAGGAACAAUUUAUCCAGGUCUUAUGGUGACUUCAGCAAUUCUAUAUCAUGUGAUGCAUUUCUUCCACAUCACAAUUGAAAUCCGUAAUGUCUGUGUAUUUCUUGCUCCACUUUUCUCCUCAUUUACAACAAUUGUCACAUAUCACAUGACAAAAGAACUGAAGGAUGAAGGAGCUGGUUUAGUUGCUGCUGCGAUGAUUUCUGUUGUACCGGGUUAUAUAUCUCGUUCAGUUGCUGGUUCCUAUGACAAUGAAGGAAUUGCCAUCUUUUGUAUGUUAUUAACCUACACUCUCUGGAUUAAGUCGGUCAAAACAGGUUCAUUAUUCUGGUCAACACUUUGUGCAUUGGCAUAUUUCUACAUGGUUUCCUCAUGGGGUGGUUAUGUAUUUCUGAUCAACUUAAUUCCUCUUCAUGUUCUUGCACUCAUGGCAACAGGACGCUUCUCAACUCGCAUUUAUGUUGCGUAUUGCACCGUUUAUUGUCUUGGAACUAUUUUGUCCAUGCAAAUUUCAUUCGUUGGUUUCCAACCUGUGCAAUCUAGUGAACAUAUGGCUGCCUUUGGAGUGUUUGGUUUGUGUCAAAUCCAUGCUUUCAUUGAUUAUGUUCGUGCUAAACUCACUCCAGCUCAGUUUGCUGUGUUAUUCAAAAGUGCAGUCAUAUUGCUGGGUGGAGGUGCUCUGCUGACAUUUGGUAUCCUAACAGCCAUUGGAAAAAUUUCUCCAUGGACUGGAAGAUUUUACUCGUUGCUCGACCCUUCGUAUGCCAAGAAUAACAUCCCAAUUAUUGCAUCUGUUUCUGAACAUCAGCCUACAACAUGGUCAUCAUUCUAUUUUGAUCUUCAAAUUCUUGUAUUUAUGUUCCCUGUGGGAAUGUAUUACUGUUUCUCGGGCCUGACAGAUGCUAACAUCUUCAUCAUAAUGUAUGGUGUCACCAGUAUCUACUUUGCUGGAGUCAUGGUGCGUUUGAUGUUGGUUUUGGCUCCUGUGAUGUGUAUUCUCUCUGGCAUUGGGAUAUCCUCAAUUCUGAACAAAUAUAUGAAGAACUUGGAUACGGUGAAACGUGAGAAGAAGACUUCCAAAAAAUCAGCAACAGACUCAUCCUACCCGAUGAAGAAUGAAAUGGCAACUGGAAUUGUGUUGCUGGUUACUUUCUUCCUGCUAUCAUACACGUUUCACUGCACUUGGGUCACUUCUGAGGCUUAUUCUAGUCCAUCCAUUGUUCUCUCUGCAAGACAACAAGAUGGAUCCCGAGUCAUUUUUGAUGAUUUCCGUGAAGCUUAUUAUUGGUUGAGCCAAAACACACCUGAGAAUGCAAAAAUCAUGUCGUGGUGGGAUUAUGGUUAUCAGAUAACAGCAAUGGCUAAUCGUACGAUUCUGGUUGAUAACAAUACUUGGAAUAAUACUCACAUUUCACGAGUUGGUCAGGCCAUGUCAUCGACAGAAGAUAAAGCAUACGAGAUCAUGAGAGAACUGGAUGUUGACUACGUUCUUGUCAUCUUUGGAGGCCUCACUGGAUACGCUUCUGAUGAUAUCAAUAAAUUUUUAUGGAUGGUUCGUAUCGGUGGAAGUACAGACCGCGGUUCACACAUUAAGGAAAAUGAUUACUACACCCAAACUGGCGAAUUCAGAGUGGACAAGGAGGGCUCGCCUACUUUGUUGAAUUGCUUGAUGUAUAAAAUGUGUUAUUAUCGAUUCGGUUCUGUUUAUACUGAGCAAGGCAAGCCCACUGGCUAUGAUCGUGUGAGAAACACUGAAAUUGGAAAUAAGGAAUUUGAACUUGAGGUGCUGGAAGAAGCGUACACAACGGAGCAUUGGUUAGUCCGUAUUUACAAAGUGAAGGAUUUGGAAAACAGAGGAAUCUAGUUUGUAAAACAGUCCUACCAAUUCGUCAAACUGACUCUCCUUUGCUAUCUCUAGUUGCUUUCAAAAUACAAUUACUCACAAUGCAAAUUUUAUCGGUUUUUUGCACCAGUUUUUAACGAAACAUGAAAGCUUGUUAUAAUAUAAAUGUGAAACUGAA